AUCACAAGCAGAGCCUACUGCACGAUUUGUAUGCUCUCAACUCUAAAGCAACAUAUUUCUGCGAAAGAUCAUUAAAGGUAUUUCCAUUCAAUACAAACAUAGUGCUGAUGCAGCCGAAAUUUGAGAGCAAGGAAAGUGGUCAAUAGCAGACCAAAUCCUCCAUUGGUACGAGUAAUUCCUCUGGCACGAGUAGCUCUUCUGGUCUCAGCGCCGUCGGUGUACCCCUUGGCGAUUCCAAGUCCAACGCAAUGAAGGCCAAGUACCGUCUGGUCCAACGAUGGUGUGCGCUUAGUUUGGAACCAUACGUGGACGAGUUCGGGGAUCGUACUUCAAUCGGCGUCCAAGAAGCUCAUGUCAUCCCCAAAGCGUUUGGCCCUCGAGCAAUCACUGCUCUUGAACAUGCUUGGGGUAUCGGAGCUGGCGCAUUGAAGAGGGUCAAGGACGGUCCUCUCAAUAAGAUCCCUCUCCGCGCUGAUUGGCAUGACUGUUUCGAUUCGUCCCAAUUUAUCCUUUUGCCGCGAAGUGAAGUAUUAAACAGGAUUCGAUUCGAAUUCGACAAAUAUCCUAAGAAUCUUGCGAACGCCGGUGAGGCAAUUCCGUGGAAUAAGCCGAAAAUCCACCACUAUAUCUACAUUCCGAUUGGCGGCUAUUGCCAGACUACCCCUCUAUUCCGCCGUCAGUUCAAGGCGAAUAAGCCUUUCGAAGAAUUGGAAACGGACAGCGGCAAAUUCUUCCGGCCCCUGGACUUUGACGAUUUCCCUGUCGUCGAGUCAACAGUUCACCCAUACGCUAUGAUCUGGAAAGCACUUUACGAGCUUCGUGACAAACAUGUCGACGAGCUCAACAUUAGCGGCUCUCUGAAGUCUCUCUGUUUCAAAGCAAAAAGCAUCGUUGAGUGCUGGAAGCUGCAGAUGAUUUCCGCCGGACAUGUCGUCCCGUGGUCCGAGCCUAUCAAUAGGGAUGGUGACGGGGACGAAAGCGAUAGGAGUGGCGACAACAGCGAUAACGACAGCAACGUCGCACCCACUUCUGACGGCCGCGCUUCUUCGCAAGACCAGAGGUCUGAUUCAAGCGUUGACGGGAACAGCAAUGCCGCACCUGCUUCAAAAGGUGCUUUCGAUCGCUCCUCGCAUGAACAGCCCGCCGAAGGGGAGACUGAAGUCUCGUAUUCCAACUACCAGCCCUCCCUCGACUACUCUUUUUCCAAUUCAAGCUCUACUCCUGCCCUGGACGAUGAACAGUCGCAGGAAGACGACGGCAGACCUCACGACCUCGCGUCCUACCAACCCUGGAGCGUCGAUGCCUGGCGUUCGAAAGGCCUGCAUGUCGUCGGUGACGACGACACGCAAGUGCACGACGACGAGCACUCGCUCGUCUAUGACUCAGAUGCUCCCUCCAUUUAUCUCGAAGAGAAGGCGGCGGCGCUGCCGGUAGGUGAGUACGGCCACUGGGAGCCAGACUUCAUGAAAAGGAUGGACGAGAGACGCAUAAGGCAGUUGGCACUCAGGCUCGGAUAUGUAGACGAUGAUGAUGCGGAGAUGAAUUAGUGUUUCGCAGUCGUAGUAUUUCUCGUCUCUCUACCUUCACGAAUUCUCUUGUCGGACCUCACGCUUUCGCCAGUCAUUUUCUCAGUUCUCCUUUGCUCUCGAAUGUGCUGUGUAAGACAUGUAAUUUU